UGACGCGGCCACGUCAAAGGCCGUAUUUGAUAACAUUGAGGAGGAUACAAAUCGGGACAAGACGAGGGCAGCGGUUCAUUAGCGAGAUCUUUUGCAGAAAUCAAUAGAGGACUAAAGGGUAUUAAUAAAUCUUAAACAUCAAAGCAGAUCCCUCUACCUCUGCAUCCAGUGCUUCUCCAGUGUUUGAGCUGUCAAGGUGAUGUCAGCUGCCUGCUUUGCGCGCCUGGCAAGGUGCAGUGGUCUUCAUGUGGGACGUAGUGGUCUUUUACAGAUGGCCACAGUCCCAGUCCCAUUCCAGCAGGACAGCCACCUCCAGUUCACAAUCUUCCGGAGACAACUUUACAGCCCUUCAGGAAAAAGACACAGCAACACGCGCUUUGAUGCAGACAGCAGUGGCCAACCCACUACUUGGGAUUCAUUUGGCAUCUGGGACAAUCGUAUUGAUGAGCCCAUUCUGCUGCCUUCCAGCAUUCGCUAUGGCAAGCCCAUUCCCAAAGUCAACUUAUCAAAGGUAGGCUGUGCCUCGCUCAUCGGCCAACGCAAGGAGAAUGAAGACCGCUUCCAGGUCUCCCAAUUGACUGACAGCCUCCUCUACUUUGCUGUGUUUGAUGGGCACGGUGGGCCAGAAGCAGCUGACUUUUGUGAAAAAUACAUGGAGAAAUUUAUCAAGGACCUUGUGGCAGAGGAGUCCAAUCUGGAAGUAGUUUUAUCUAAGGCAUUCCUUGAAAUAGACAAAGCUCUUGCAAGGCACCUGCAUUUCUCUCCAAAUGUACCCGGGAUGAAUGUAGGAAGCACCUCCACUGUGGCCUUGCUGAGGGACGGCAUUGAGCUGGUGGUGGGCAGUGUGGGUGACAGCCGUGCAAUGCUGUGUCGCAAGGGCAAGGCCCUUAAACUCACUGUUGACCACACUCCUGAGAGGAGGGAUGAGAAAGAGAGGAUAAAGAAAAGUGGGGGUUUUAUUACCUGGAAUAGUCUGGGACAGUCAAACGUCAACGGCAGGUUGGCCAUGACGCGCAGCAUCGGAGACUUUGACCUGAAGAACACGGGGGUCAUUGCUGAGCCGGAGACCAAGAGAAUAUCUUUGCACCAUGCCCACGACUCGUUCCUGGCGCUGACCACAGACGGCAUUAACUUCAUCAUGAAUAGCCAGGAGAUCUGCAAUGUUAUAAACCAGUGCCACGACCCGAAGGAGGCAGCUCAGAGAAUAUCUGACCAGGCUCUUCAGUAUGGCUCAGAGGACAAUAGCACAAUUAUCGUGGUGCCCUUUGGUGCUUGGGGAAAGCACAAGAGCUCGGACACAAGUUUCUCCUUCAGCAGAAGUGUUGUCUCCAGUGGUCGCUGGGCGUAGUCAGUUGGAUUAAAAGGUUGCGGUCUGUGGACCUAAUUAAUGUGUGCAAUACAAUCGAACAACAGUGCCCUUGUGAAAACAUUAUAAAAAGUGAGGUGUGUCCAAACAACAAUACAACGUUACAACAUGUUAUUUAGAGAAGCAUGAUAUUUAUUAGCCUCUGUGAAGUAAGAGGCAGUGAAUUCAUGAUGUGCACUAAAUGAAAAACAUCCUCUUUUAUAAAGGUUUUAUCUACCAGCAAGCCAAUGACCUUAUAGGUGCUAAAAGCUGACAAGUGUUUGAGUGGCAGACAGGAUUUCAUGAUGACAUGAAAGCCGUCGCUUGUGUAUAUGUAGCCUGCUCUACAUUAGCUAUGAUUUUAAGACUCGUAUUCCUGACUGUCUGCCAUUUAGAUAAUUUGUUAUCUAUUUAGCUGUAAUGUAUAGAAGCCCUGAGAGACAAUUGAGAACUUUUUUCAGUUUCAUUUUUAUAUUUAUUUUUUCCCCCAUAUGUGAAAACAGGUAGGGUGGAAAAUCAGGCAAAUUUUUUGUUUCAAAGUGUUGUAAUACUCAUUUUGGCCACAAGAGGCUGAAGUGCACCACUACUCUGUUUUUUUAAAUAGGACUGAAAUAAUUCACUUUUCUGCCAGGUGAGUUUUAAUUUCGUCAUGCACUCACUAAACACAAGGUACAUAUUGUGUGUUAACAAGUUAUAUACCAUUACUGGCUAAUGACAGAUUAGCACUGAUUAAAAUAAAUUUCUAGCCAAAAGAAAGCCACGACGGAAAAGUUCUAUAAGAAAACAUGAAUGCUUUGAGUCGUAUUUAGAACAGAACAUGGGGUAGUGGUACACUUCAGCCUCUUGUGGCCGAAAUAAAGCAUUACAACAACAACAAACAAACAAACAAACAAAUUAGCCUGAACACAUAUUUAGACAGAUGGAAAAAAAUAUGUAAAUAAGGCUUGCAUACCUCUCAGGGCUUCUGUAAUACAGUUCACGUUGAUAAGUCACAAUUUAAAAAAGAAAAUAGUGCAUCUGGAUUUUACCAGUUUUUUUAAAGCCUACAGUCUCUCCAUUUCUCUGUGUUAAGGAUAGGACUACAAGCAUAGAAAACGCUGGGGUAAUUGUAAUAAUUGAACAUCACUUAUUUGUCAAUUGAUGGGAAUUAACUGAACCCUUGUAUAAGAAUACAAAAGCUACUAAAAUGUACAUAGAAACGUCACAACUUCUGAAACAACUGGACUAUAAGCAUCAUGACCAAAAUCAGCUAAAAGGUCUUGAUGACCGUAUGCCAAUUCUGGAGUUUCCUGUUCAUCUUUUUGGUCAAAGCAUCCCAUUGAUGAAUUGAGCAUUGAUGUCCAAUUGCACAAUCUUGAUGGUUUGGUGAAAUGAACCCUAAAUGUUCUGUGAUCUAGUGAACUAGUGUUAAUGGAAUUGCUUAAUUCUAUUUAUAUGAGCAGCAUUUCAGUGGCUGAAUCUGACAUUUAUAAAAGAAAUAAUAGGAUAUUAAUGUUUCUUCUCAAUUAAGUGUUAAUAUCUGUACUGAUUUGGAACAGGUCUCGUAAGGGCACUAAGAAGUGUUAAGGGUACCGAAAUGUACAGUUUAUGUUUUGUAAAUAACUCUAUUUAUCUACAUCUGGAAAACUGAUAGUUAUCAUUAUUUAAUAACUUGUCUGAAGAAAGUCUCAUAUCAGAAUAUUUCAUAAGUACAGGACCUUUGCUUAGGUGUUUGUAUUGUGUAAGGCUACAUCGUUUGAUUGUAACUCAUUUACACCAUUUAUGUGUCACUCAGAAAUAUGAAAGCAAUUAAUGCAAUAGAAUUGUUCAGCUAAGAGCCAUUUUUGACAAUGUGAAUGUUUGCUUAAAUGCCCUCCAUGACUAAAAAAAUAUCAAUCCCAGCAGGGUAUAAGAGUAAUUAAGUUGUUUUGGCUGACCUCAGUGAGUGGGUAUACUGUAUUUCCAGUGUAAGACGUGCUUGAACCAUUAGAUCCACUGUUCAGUUUUUGUUCACUGUUGAGCUUUUGUUUUGUGGUUGUUAAAUCUAGAUAAAUGAAACGCUUCAUAUUUAUCAUUGUUCUAUCUUUGAGAUUUGCAGAUGUAUAGCCAUCAGUUUGUCCUCAAUCACCAUUUACAGAAUUUUGUAAAUACAAACUCACAUAUUGAGUGAAACCUUGAUUUAUUACAAUGUCUAGUCUUUAUAAUUAACAUGUCCUCCUUACAAACCUCAUCUGUUAAAGUUCUCUAUCAAAGUGUGUUUUUAUUUACUGUAUUUUGUUUCACUGCCUUUUAAAAUACUAUCAUUGCAGCUGUAGAUCUGUAUCUGGGACCUAAAUGUGACAUGUGAUAGUUUUGGUCUGAAUGGCUUGUUACACUUCAAUUAAAAACUAUACAUCAAACAA